CUCAGAGUGCAGCUCAGUCUGAGAAAGACAGCGCAGAGAGCACAAGAACAGGAGCACCACUGACACAGCUACAGUGCAGAACAGACAGCGAACACUUCAAGGACAGUUCAAACAGAAUCAGACCAAUCAGUCCACAGCACCAAAGACAAAGCAGCAGUUUACUUUUGUGAAGUCAUGAGAAACAGGCUGCAGGAGAUUCUCACGCCUCCAGAAGAGAGGCCCUGAGCUCCAGUGAAGACUUGCUUAUCUGUAAACACUCAGAAGCGGGAUAAAAUCCCAUCCGACUGGCUUCAUCCUUCAGCAAAGGAAGCUCAAACCGACGCACAGGAGCAGCGGCAGAAGACCAAGGACAGGACAGCAGUCCUGCAGCCCUUCCAGCAAUAUGAGCAGCACAAAAGAACGCAAGCCUAAGAAGCCUCACUAUAUCCCAAGACCUCCAGGUAAACCAUUCAAGUACCACUGCUUCCAGUGUCCCUUCACCUGCAAUGAAAAAUCUCAUUUAUUUAACCACAUGAAGUACAACCUGUGCAGAAACUCCAUAACCCUGGUGUCAGAGCAGGACCGUUCUGGGAAGCCGGCAAAGCCAGCUGCCGCAGACCCCUCCCUCAGGGUGUCAGCCGAGCCCACGGACAAACACUCGAUCCCGGCAGCUGAAGAAAGCGUGUCCGCAAAGGACGAUGCUCUACCUGAGCAGAGAAUCACGGAGGAGCCGGAAGAGGAAGCUCAGAGUCAGAGAAGAAGGGGGUCUCAGAGCCCCACAGGGUCCCUGCAGAGAGAUCUGAAGGUACGGCUGCCAGAGAGCAGAAUGGACAAGCAGCCCGAGCCCAUACCGAGGCCCUCCGCCUUUGUUCCCAUCGCAGCCCACCGGCCAGUUGACAGGACAGACAACAGAGACAUGCCGCCCUUCCACAAACCAGAGGGACCUGCUCCGGCUCUCUCCUUCAAACCUACAUAUUAUCAUCCCAGUGCCGCUUGGAGAGCUACCCCAGGAUUUGUCCCACCAGAGUUUUCUCACAAAUCAUCACCUGGCAAAGUCGUCGGCCCUACCAACUACCCGUCGGCUGUGAUGCCUGAAUACACCCCCUACAUCUUUGCAGAACAUCCCAUGACAGCGAUCUACCAGCCAUAUCUAAUCCCUGGAAAUCCCCACGAGCAUGAAGGCACCCCCUUUCCCUCUUACUUCAUAGACCCUCAGAGGUCCAUGUUUCCCCAUGUGUUUCCAGCCCCAACGAUCCCACUCCCAAGCCCUUUGCCUCCUUCUGCCCUGGAGAAUCCCUACAGGCUCUACCAGUCUGUCCACCAGGCUCCCCCCAUCCACUAUGGAAUGUAUCGGCCUCCACACACCCAUGAGCCCUCGUUUCAGGACUUUCCCACAAAGUCCCUUCUCCCGGUAGAAGGGUAUGGCAGAGACGUGGGAGCAGGGGAGUGCAACCGAUACCCUGGCUCGCGGAGCCCGGCCACAACUGACACUCACAGCAAACAUGCCAAAGACUUCCCCAGGCCUGCUGGGAGCUCAGCCACAGGAAGCCAGGAGCAGGGGGCAGAGAGCGAGAUGAAAAUGAGCCCCAGAGCGGGCUGUGCUGCUUCAGGCUCCCCAGACAGGCCCAGCCCCACCGGGUUCACUCAGAACGACCCCGUUUCUGACAGCCACCACCCCGCCUUCGAGUCAGGCAGGCCUCACUCCCACCUACCAGGAGACAGCCUCGCUCUCAAGAGGAUAGCAGACCCACCGAGUCCUCCUCCUGCAGCUUCGCAGAAAGACACCAGGCGGCCAGCAGAAAGCUCUGCAGAAAGCCGAGGACAGGCAUCAAAUACAUUUGAUCCCUGCAGCUCGCAGGGGACAUCAGAGACUGAGGAAGAAGAUGAGGUUCCUCUGAAUCUUUCCAAGAAGCAUCAUGUUGUGGAGGGGGAACACGUUAUAACCCUUCCAGUCAGCAGGGGGAGCUCUCCAGGGACAGGGGAUAAGCACGACAUGCAGGACAUGCCUUUGAACCUCUCUUUGAGGGCUUGUGCCAGCCAGUCUAAACCUCCCAGCCCAGCAUCCUGCUCCCUGGAAGCUCCCCCACACAGCCCAACACCGGUGCAGAUGGAGAGGGGGUCAGGUGGGCAGUACGCCCCAUCCUCCCCCCAGCUGGAGAGCAUCGAUGAGCAGAAGCAGACUGCAGCCUUCGCACUCUGCCAGCUGGCCAGCUCCAGCACCCGCACUGUGAACCCAGAGCCAGCCCCAUCUCUUCCUCAGGGGAAUCCUGGGAACAAAGUAGCUCAAUGUGGGAACUCUCUGCCGCCCUCUGGGACCCCAGAUGCACAGACAGUGGUACACAGGUCCUCAGACAAAGGCCAGAAAAGACCCAGCUGUGAGGAACCCUGCACAUUUCCACAGAGCACUAAGAAAUCCAAGACUGAGACCAAUAGGACCCUGAGGAAGAGACCACGCUGCUCAUGAAGAGCAAUUACCUGGUGUGUUUUGACUGAAUUGUUUAUUUGUUUUUAACAUACUGCUUUAAAUUUUAUUUUGUUGUUGUCCCCCUUUUCAUAUACAACUCAAAACUUAUAAACAUAGUUAAAAUUAUUGUACAACUCUUAUUGACUCUUAUUUGUAUUGUAUCAAAUUAAGGUCUUCAUUUUUCCAUCUUUAAAAUUGGUACUUAAAACUCAGUACAAGCAACUGUAACAGUCUAAGCACCCAAAAAAAUAAAAUAAACCAGGCCACAUGACACAUGUAAUGUUUUAAAAAUACAAAAUGAAAGAAAUAAGAUACACAAUGUUUAAAUGAUCCUUAGCCAAAGACAAGCUUUUUCGCAUUUUUGAUGUUAAAAAAAAUCAAUUGCAACAUCGAAUUUCUGUUUAUAAGUAAAUUUAAUACAUGCAUUUAGAUUUCAUUUGAUUUCUUUAAAGGUAUUGCAAUUAAAUCUAAAUACAGCAAACACAGCUUUGAGGUAACCCACAUGAUUGUUCUUACACAAGUGGGGCCUUUGAACAAAACUCUGUGCCGACAAGGACAGUGGACUGUUCUUGCCUUUACUAGUUUCGCUGUCAGGGACAGAUGUCAUUCAAGGACUGUUAUUUAAGCUACAAUACAAAACAUAUUUAUUUCUGCCAAGGGUAAAGCACUAGGUGGUGGAAAACUGUAAAUAAAAUGUGAAUAUAAAAAUGAAAAAUAAAGGAUGAAAAACAAAAA